GAACACGGGGGCGUCGGUCGCACUUGCGGGUUGUCGCGUUCGCUCGUGCCGCCCCACACCUUCUAGCUUCCCUUUAAAUUCGACCCAUCUAGUUUACCUAUCAUCUCUUUCACUGUUUCCCUCUCUAAAUCCAUCCUCACUCACUCAAAUCUCCACUUCUACUACUACGCACUCGCAUUCAAGUACACACACAUACAUAAUGAUAGACCGAGAAAGAGGACGAGGCCGCCUUUAAUUUUUUGUUGCUAUUACACAACUUUACAGCUCAACUCUCAAUUUUCAUGUCUCUCAUCCUUUCUCUCUCCUGCUUCAGCUCAAUUUGCACAGAUCGAAUCUGCUAGUGCUGCUGCCACCUCCCUGUAUUUUUGUUUCUUCACUGUCAAUUGUUUUUUACACUGGAAACAGCUCAAAAUUGUGAAAUUAUUUAGGCCACAUAAUUCUUUGUUUCGCGAUAACUGAAUUUAGCUGUGGUCAGUGCUUGGAAUCGGAGGAUUACUUGUGCAAUCGCCUUCUGAAUGCUGUACUUUGAUGAAUGAGGUUUUUUGGUGGUCCGGUUUUUGUUUGAAUUGAGGAAAUGAUGAUGAAUUAUGGGGUUUUGAUCGGAGAACAAGUGGGGAAUAUGUUCUGGUUUGCUAGAUUGAGCACUUUAUGUCCUUAACAGAAUGACAUUAUGGACAUAACUUUGAUUUCAAAGAGUGACUGCUCUGUGGCAUGAUCGCCUCUGUCUCUGCUCAUGAUUCAUACUAACCUUAUUAUGCUUGAAGUGAACUGCAAUGGAAAUUUUCUCUCCGAGUUUUCAGCAGUGCAUUCUAAUUAUAUUGCUGUACAGCCUAGCAGAAAUAACUGGAGCUCUUAGUCCGGAUGGUCAGGCUCUUGUCAAUUUUAGGACUGCAAUAGUAAGUUCAGAUGGUGUUCUGCAGCAGUGGAGACCAGAGGACGAAGAUCCAUGUAGAUGGAAAGGAGUAAAAUGUGACUUCAAAUCAAAAAGGGUUACAGCAUUGAGCCUCCCUAAUCACAGAUUGAGUGGACCCAUAUCACCAGAUUUAGGGAAGCUAGAAAGCCUGCAGUUUUUAACUCUUCAUGACAACAAUUUAUAUGGGGCAAUUCCUCCAGAGUUGGGAAACUGUACACAGUUGCAGUCAGUAUUUUUGCAGGGUAACUACCUAAGUGGAUUCAUUCCUGGUGAACUAGAGACCCUUUCUCAGCUCCAAAAUCUAGAUCUUUCAAGCAACUCUCUCAGUGGAAGUAUUCCCGCCUCACUUGGGAAGUUAGGCAAGCUCUCAAGUUUCAACGUAUCAACAAAUUUUCUCGUGGGGAUGGUACCAUAUGAAGGUGUUCUUGCAAACUUUCGAAAUGAUUCCUUUCUUGGUAACCGUGAGCUGUGUGGCAAGCAAAUCCAGGCAUGCAAGAACAGUGGUAGUGGUUCCUCAGGGUCUUCUCAGCCUUCUGGCUCAGCUCUAUUACAGGCCAAGAAGAAUUCAGGCAGGCUUCUUAUAAGUGCACUAGCCACAGUGGGUGCAUUGCUUCUGGUCGCACUAAUGUGCUUCUGGGGUUGUUACCUGUAUAAGAGGCUUGGUAAAAAUGAAGGCAAAGGCCUCGCGGUGGAUGUCAGUGGAGGGGCCUCAAUUGUAAUAUUCCACGGAGACUUGCCAUACUCUUCGAAGGAUAUUAUUAAAAAAUUGGAGAACCUAAAUGAAGAGCAUGUGAUUGGGGCAGGCGGCUUUGGGACAGUUUACAAGCUUGCAAUGGAUGAUGGCAACAUAUUUGCUUUGAAAAGGAUUGUAAAGGUUAAUGAGGGCUUUGAUCGCUUUUUUGAAAGGGAGCUUGAAAUUCUUGGCAGUAUCAAACACAAAUACUUGGUGAAUCUUCGAGGAUAUUGCAAUUCCCCAACUUCUAAAUUGUUGAUAUAUGAUUUCCUAUCAGGAGGCAGCCUGGAUGAAGCUCUUCAUGAGAGAGCUGACCAACUGGAUUGGGAGGUUCGUUUAAAUGUUAUCAUGGGAGCUGCUAAGGGCCUAGCUUAUCUGCAUCAUGACUGUUCCCCAAGAAUUAUUCAUCGUGAUAUCAAGUCAAGCAAUAUUUUACUUGAUGGAAAUUUUGAUGCUCGAGUAUCCGACUUUGGACUAGCUAAAUUACUGGAGGAUGAGGAAUCCCACAUCACAACAAUUGUUGCCGGCACAUUUGGUUACCUAGCUCCCGAAUAUAUGCAAAGUGGAAGAGCUACAGAAAAGACUGAUGUUUAUAGUUUUGGGGUUCUGGUGCUUGAAAUUGUGAGCGGGAAGCGGCCAACUGAUGCAUCCUUCAUUGAGAAGGGCCUCAACAUUGUUGGAUGGUUAAACUUCCUAGUUUCGGAACAGAGACAGCGAGAAAUAGUGGAUCCGCACUGUGAAGGAGUGCAGACUGAAAGCCUUGAUGCCAUUCUGUCAAUAGCUAUUCAGUGCGUUUCUUCUCUCCCUGAGGAUCGUCCCACCAUUCACAGGGUUGUCCAAGUGCUCGAAUCUGAGGUGACAACCCCAUGCCCUAGCGACUUCUACAACUCUGACUGAGGAGGGUGCUGUUCACUGUGGUAAGAAAGAGGUAUUCCUCCAUUUUCAUCUGUUGCAUCGAGAGACAAAUUGCAGCAACAGUGCCAGCACAGACAGGUCCAGACUCUGCUUUUAAGUAAUUUUCCAAUUCUUUCUACCAAAAAGUGUGAUUGGAUAUGCUCAUCGUUUGUUCGCCCGCCUCGACUCAGAGCAAGCAGUAUAUGCCACUGGAUUCUUUGCCCUCCCAAUCCCUUCCUCAGUUAGCUCCUGCUGCUUUGAGGUAUUUGUUUUUGGUUCAAGUCCCAUUUUUCCAUUGUGCUAUGAGCUAUUUCAUUGCUCUCUCUCGCUCUCGUUAUAUUUGGGAAUUCAAUUGUAUAUGAAAUGUCUAAAUUGAUCGAUCCUUCUCACUAAAUUUUUGUAUAAUAUUUCCAUUCACUUUCACCACA